UAUUGGUAUAGAUAUGACUCAAACCCGACAUUACACAGCCAACUUCGGGCCCAAUAUGGUUGCGCCAGGGCCCCAUGGGUUGCUAGGCUGGAUUUCCCGACCCGUUUAAUCAUCAAAAGACUGAUCGACAGAACCCCGAGAGAGAGAGAGCGGCCAUGCAAGGCCAUGCCUAUUCCGACGAUCCCACCUCCAUUCUCCGCCCCUAGCCUGCCCUCCGUCCUCUCUCUCCUCCACGCCUGCAAGUCGGCCGCCCACCUCCACCAGGUCCACGCCCUCAUCGUCCGCCGCGGCCUCGAGCAGGAUCACUACGUCGCUUCCCACUUCAUCCUCCUGUCCUCCUCCCCCUCCUACGCCCUCUCCGUCUUCGACCGCAUUCACUGCCCGUCCACCGUCCUCUGGAACUCCCUCCUCAAGUCCUACUGCCUCAGUUCCUCCUGCGCCGACACAUUCUCGGUUUUCUCCCGCAUGAGGAGAGCCCCCGCAGUUCCCGACCGCUACACCUACCCUCUGGUGAUCAAGUCGUGCGCCGCCGAGCUGCGGCCCCAGGAAGGGACGGCCGUGCACGGGAUGGUGGUCAAGUGUAAUCUUGACACGGAAGUGUUCGUGGGCACGGGCUUGGUCGACAUGUACGGUAAGUUCAGGGAGAUUGAGGCCGCUCGCAAGGUGUUUGAUCAAAUGAACGAGAGAAAUGUCGUCUCUUGGACUGCCAUGGUUGUUGGGUACGUGAAUGCCGGUGACAUGAGGAAGGCAAAGGGCCUUUUUGACGAAAUGCCCUUUAGGAAUUUGACGUCGUGGAACGCUAUGCUCUAUGGGCUUGUAAGGGUGAAUGAUCUAAAGGGCGCGAGGAAGCUGUUCGACGAAAUGCCAGACAGAAACGUCGUUUCUUUCACGACGAUGAUGGAUGGGUAUGCAAAGGCUGGGGAUAUGGCCUCUGCAAGGGCACUUUUUGAUCAAUCCCCUGAGAGGGACAUUGUAGCUUCGUCGUCUUUAAUCACUGGGUAUGUUCAAAACGGUUUACCACGCGAGGCCGUGAAGGUCUUCAAUCAGAUGCAGUCACAAAACAUAAAGCCUGAUGAGUUCGUUUUGGUAGGACUGAUGUCGGCGUGCUCCCAAAUCGGAUGCUCUGAACUCGCAAAAUGGAUCGACUCCUAUGUGUCCCAGGGCCCAAUUGAUCUUCGAAAACCGCACAUUGUUGCAGCGUUAGUUGACAUGAAUGCGAAGUGCGGGAACAUUGACAAGGCCAUGGAGCUAUUUGAGGAACUCCCAGGACGAGACCUCGUCUCCUACUGCUCUGUGAUACAAGGACUGUCAAUGCACGGUCAUGGGGUUCAAGCUGUUGCGCUCUUUAAGAGAAUGCUCAAUGAAGGGCUGAUUCCCGAUGAAGUAGCAUUCACGGUUAUACUAAUAUGCUGUAGUCGAGCCAGGCUUGUAGACGAGGGUUGGGAUUUCUUCAAGUCAAUGCAGAAGUACUCCAUCGUUCCUUCCCCUGACCAUUAUGCCUGCAUGGUUGACCUCCUGGGCAGGUCGGGGAGGCUGAGAGCUGCCUACGAGCUUCUCGAUACGAUGCCAAUGGAGCCUCAUGCUAGUGCAUGGGGAGCACUUCUUGGGGCAUGUCGGCUGUACUGUGAAACCGAGCUAGGGGAGAGAGUUGCUCAUCGGCUUUUUGAGCUUGAGCCGCAAAAUGCAGGGAAUUACAUGCUGCUGUCAAACAUCUAUGCAGCAGCCGACCGGUGGUUGGAUGUUUCUGUCUUGAGGGAUCGGAUGAAGGAGAAAGGAGUCAGGAAACUCCCGGGUUGCAGCUGGGUUUCUUAACACCUCGAGUUUCUGUAAGGCCUUGGUCGAGUAAGUUUUGAUCCCUUGGUUGUACAGGAUUUUCACUACAGACUGCAUCUCAUUUUGGGGAUACCGGGAUUUGAUUACUUAACAAGGAAACAACAAUUGCCAAAGGCAUGCCAAUUCGUAAUGCUUUUGGAUGUAGAAGCAAUUGGUGCAGCAGCACCUAUCAAUCCGAUAGCGGACAUUCUUAGCACUUUGAUGAGUGGACGAUGGCCGACUUGCUGUCAGAGCAGAUAACAAUCUAGCUCAUCGGAAGCAUUGCAGGAUUUGAUCAUCGAAAGUGCAAUCUGCUUGUCGGUCUAAUCCGACCUCUCUAAGCUUUUCAUGUAAGAAGAUGUGAAUCCUGUGUUCUAAUCACUGAAUAUCGUCCAAACUUUUUUUUAAUAAGAAUAUGUUCAGCGCUCUUAUUAUUAA